AUGAUGCGCCUCGUCCGACGGCCUCUUGGAGCCUGGAGAUCGACUAGCGUGGGUACGGAGAGGUGCUGCUGGGGGAGCAGACCCCCGUUCCUCCUCGAAGUGACUCCGGGAGGGUUCCCUUGGAUUUUUUUUGGCGAGAUUUAUGGCAGAGGCUCCCGCUGCCCCCGGGCUCCUGCGCCGGGAGUAGAUCCAGAGGCAGCCACGGCGGGAGCGGGACGGUGCUGCCCACUGGGCAGCUGCUGCUUCGCGCUGGGUUGCAGGCGGUACCCAGGCCUGCUCCGCACCGCCGCGUUUGCGGCGGUGGGAGCCGCGGGCUGCGGCAAGGAGAGCGGCAAGGCGGCGGGCAGCAAGAAGAAGACGCGCACCAUCUUCUCCAAGAGCCAGGUCUUCCAGCUCGAGUCCACCUUCGACGUGAAGCGCUACCUGAGUAGCGCCGAGCGCGCCGGCCUCGCCGCCUCGCUGCACCUCACGGAGACACAGGUGAAGAUCUGGUUCCAGAACCGCCGCAACAAGCUCAAGAGACAGAUGUCGGCGGAGCCCGAGGGCCCGGCCCCGACGGAGACCCCCGCGCUGCCGCUGGCCCCCUCCGCUCUUGCCUUGCCGGCCCUCUACAAGGACAGCCCCUUCCUCGGGCGCUGCUUGCUGCCCGUGUCCUUCCCCCUGCUCUGCCCGGGCAGCUCCCUCCUGUACCUCUGCCUGCCCAGCCCCGCCAAAUACUUCAGCCUGCUCGACGGGGACGUAUAA